UCUAUCAGUGUCAAAUCUUAAAGUUGAAUAUUGUAAAAUAGACACUUCAAAAAACACUUAUAGAUCAAAUUGACGCAAAGUGUGGUAUAGAUAUGACAACAGCAACAUCCAUCACCGGAGUGAAGGUGGAGUAUCUUGAAUUUCCGGCAGUGGUGACACCUCCUUCCUCCACCAAAUCUUAUUUUCUCGGUGGCGCAGGGGUGAGAGGGUUAGAUAUUGAUGGAGAAUUUGUGAAGUUCACCGGAUUAGGAGUUUAUUUGGAAGAGAAAGCUGUAGAAUCACUCGCUUUGAAGUGGAAGGACAAAACUUCAGCUGAGCUCUUCGAAUCCCUUGAUUUCUACAGGGAUAUUAUCAAAGGUCCCUUUGAGAAAUUCAUUCGAGGAACAAAGGUGAGAACACUAGAAGGUACUGAAUAUGUGAGGAAAGUGUCAGAAAAUUGUAUUAACCAUAUGAAAUCUGAAGGCACAUAUGGUGAUGAAGAAGAAAAAGCCAUUCAAAAAUUCAGAGAAGCUUUCAAAGAUCAAUAUUUUCCACCGGGCGCUACUGUUUUCUAUAGUCAAUCACCAAAUGGAACAUUAGGGCUUAGAUUCUCCAAAGAUGAGACAAUACCUGAACGCGAACAUACCGUUAUAAACAACAAGGCGCUUUCGGAGGCGGUUUUGGAGACAAUGAUUGGAGAAAUUCCUGUUUCCCCUGCUUUGAAAGAGAGUUUGGCUACAAGAUUUUAUGAGUUUUUGAAGAAUGACAACUUCAAAAUUGGAAACUGAGAGUUGUAAGCAUGUUGUCUAUUAUGAUGUUUUAAGGCAAGGUGAUUUUCGAUGGAGUAAUUUAUGAUCAACAAAUAAUCCAAGUGACAUAUAUAAGUCAUAUGUUUAAUGUUACUUUCUUUAUGAAUUAUCACUACACUAUAUAGACUUGUACCAUUAUUUGAAUUUCAAUGGACUGGCUUUAGUUAUUC